AUGGUGAUGCCGUCUUACGCAGUAAAGUUGCUGUUGGAAGCCAGCCUCGAUACUUUGGUGGCCGGUCGAAGGCGUCCUGCCGGCAUUCGGACCAUUCAGGCCAUGGAGUCACCUCCGCUGGUUCGUCUUAUUCCUGAAGUUUUCAACAUAAAGUAUCUCUCGUCACUUGCCUCCCGGUCUUACCUCCUUUCAGGCUUAUCGUCUGUGUUCGCAGCCUUGAAGUACAUUGAGUCCGGGCGAAUGCAGACUUUGAUCGAGGGCAGAGCCGAGAGCGAGCCAAGCGAAGUUAACGGCCCUGUAAGCGACAUCUGGCAACAGCUAUGGAGGUUGACACGGACACGGAUCCCGCCCAUUCAAAGGGGCGAUUUACAACAGCGAAGGGUUCGCGAAGCAGCGGCGGUGAAUGACGGCAUCUUUUUGGUACAGGAAGCAGAAGAAUAUGCUAGUUACCAAUCUGCGUCAAGGAAUCGGAGCUUUUCCGGCGAGGGACCAAACCACCAAGUUGGUACUGAGAUUGGUGCCUGUGAGAGUUACGACAUAUACGACCCUUUGUCGGACUCUGAGACGGGGCAGUACGAUGAUGGCGAAAAUGGUUUGGCACCUGAGGUGGUGGACAACUAUCGGUAUUUGACUCCACCUCUAGCCAUGAACAACAUCGCUGUUCAACACGAGGGCGAGGUGGACGAUGACGAAGCCUGCCACGUUGAACCUUCUGUCGACCACGAUGACAGACUUGAUCUUAUCAACUCUGGGGAUGCAAGCUCGCCGUUCGCGCCGUUCUCACGGGAAGCCAGCCCAGACUUCCCUGAAUUUAGAAUGCUAUACCAGACGGACGUUCUGGAAGACCGAGAUCUGACGCGGAACCCGAUGCCAAUGUCGUGUUCAACGGGUUCGCAAGCCAUGGCCGAUCAUGCUUGUGGACCCUUUAGCAACUGGUGGAGUUCCGAUGUUGACUUAGUUGAAGACCAACCUGUAACGCAUGGCGGCAACAGCGAACUCCAGAAGCCAAUGUCGGCGUCUCCCCAGAGCGAGUGUCAUUCUAAUAGGGCUGCUGAUGAGGAUGCUUUCCAGGAACCACCAUUUGAAGCGGAAAGCGAUGCUGGAAGUUGCUCACACAAUGAGGGGAUAUUUGAAGGCUCUGACGAUGCUUAUUGGGAACCUAUGUCUCAAGCUUGUUUGUACUCAACUACUUUCUUGGAAGAUAUCGGCAUGAGGGACAACUUCGAAGAUGAAUGGACAAUGUAA